UUCUGCAGAGUCCCUCAGGACAAGGUAACGCGGACAAGGUAACGCGAACUGAUUCUUCUGAGAGCUACUAUUUCUAACUCAUCCCCUUACAAUUCGUUAAAGCUUUUGAAUCAUGUUCCAGUUAUUUAGCAUCGUCGCCCUCUUCAUCGCACCGUCUCUUGGAGACACAGCAAGUUUAAGUAGGGCUAAAGCUCUGAAGUUUGCUCCUAAUAGCUUUAUCCAGUAUAGUCCUGAUUGGAGUCGUUUAACCAGUGCCAUAUCAGUUUGUGCGUGGAUUAAGGACAUCGGGCCUUCCCCCACCGCGCAUUCUUCAGUCAUUACUCCAACAGAGAGCUGUUAAUACUGGCUGAUGGAAGUUACUCAUGUAUCUUUGGCUCAUGUCAACACUGGCAAAGCAAGCACUCCGUUCCGAGAGGAACUUGGCACUUUGUAUGCGUGACGUGGAGUUUGGAAUCGAGGGAUUACAAAUAUUAUGUAAAUGGAGUUCUGUUAGGGACAAAGCGAACAGCAGCAGGCAGGUCAUUGAGAACUGGAGGCGAACUUAGUAUAGGAAAAUGGCAUGGAACUAGUAGCAGCCAUGACUUUGCAGGGGAAAUGGCCUAUCUGAAUGUGUAUGCAAAGGAGCUGUCCUCCAGUGAGAUAGGUAGCAUGAUGGAGCUUGGAAUGUGCAAUAUAGAGGUAGACGUGCACGAAUCUUCUAGAGUGAUAAGGUGGGAAGAUUUGCUUAACCAAAGAAGGAGCGGGACAAUCACCGAUGUAUACUUGGAAAAUUGCCUUGAUGAAAAACUGGCCAGUGCAGAGAGAAAGCUGACCGAAACAGCUCGUGAGCUGACGGAGACUCGGGCAGAAAAAGGAAGGAUAGAAGAAAAGCUGUCGACGGACCUAAAUUCUACUCUCGCGGAGUUAGAGGAGACCCAGAGAAGACUAAACUCAACUCUGACUGAGCUAGAAGAGGAAACAGCCUUGAAGAACCGGACCUGGGACUGGCAGAUCUUCCUCUCGGACCAGUUCCUGAACCAGACCUUCGCCGCGGAACACUCGCAACUUCUUCAUUCGACUUGGGAUGACAUAGCAGAGAGACUUGUGGGCAUCAGGAUAACAGACGAAUUCAUCAAACUAUCUGCCCACAUAGACCGUGAUGAGGACAGGCCCUGGUCAAUACUGUAUUCUGAGAAUUAUUUCAACGAAACAUUUACCCGGGACAUGGCAGACAGAUUGACGAGUAUCUGGGAGGGGAUUAGUGACAAGUUGGUGGGAGUAACUAUGACGAAGGAAGUCAUAGAACUUCUGGACUAUGUCACGGACAAAACGAACUGUGGAAGCGGAGGUAUUCCAGAUGACUACAGCUAACUGCAGAUGACUACAGCACUGCUCUGCAACAACGGGAAUUCAGGGGACAUAGUUAUUGUGGAAUGUGGACUGAAGCGGAACUUAUACGCAUGGUUUAACCGCGUAAUUUAGUUGGGAUAUUUUUUAAGAAUAGCAAUAGCUAUUGAUUUCACAAUGGAUACAUUUAAGGGCAUGAUCUUCCUUGAUAUCAUAAUCUUAGGGCAUUUAAGGUGGAUGAAAACUAAUAUGACACGCAAAUUAUAUAUAGAAUGCUAUAAUUAGCAAAAUUUUAUUAAAUUCCUCGGAGGGACUGAGCAAUUUACUGCGUUCUGAUUCCAUUUUUAAAAACUAAGUUUGUCCAUAGCAUAGAAAUUGGGCUGAACAGGUGAAUUUAUACAUCAUUUUAAUUCUGAAAAUCUAUGUUUCCACUUUCUGUAUUCGAUUAGAUAG